AUGUACUUGACACUCCUUCUCACCGCGGGCCUCGUCCCAGGAAUGGCCGCGGCCCUGUCCCGCCGCGCCGUGGAGUGCGACUUUUCCACGACUGCCGACGCGGGCGCUACAUGCUCAAGCUUCGCAAGCAGCUGGGGGCUAUCAGUCGACACUCUCCAGCAGCUGAACCCUGGCAUCAGCUGCCCUAAUCUCGACACUAGCCAGUCAUACUGCGUGAUCAGCACCGUCACUGAUGAUCCCACGAGCACCAGUACCACACUCACAACAACAACGUCAACCACCACCACCAAGACCGCGCCCAGCAACUCCCCCACCAUGCCCGGGAUCGCAGACAACUGUGACGGUUUCUACAAGGUCUCCUCCGGCGACCAGUGCGACACCAUUGCUGCAAAGCACGGUAUCAGCGUAGCCCAAUUCAAGAGCUGGAAUACUGAGAUUAACGAUGACUGCACAAACCUCUGGCUAGACUACUACGUCUGCGUGCACGUCCCCGGCGCAACAACCACAUCGCAAGCCCCCAAACCAACUGACGAGCCCUCCGGUCCGACACCUCAAAUGCCCGGCAUUGUCGACAACUGCAAGACCUUCCACCUGAUUAAGAGUGGUGAGAGCUGCCGGUCUAUCUAUACAGAUGCGGGGAUCACCUUUGCGCAGUUCCGCGCGUGGAAUACGCAGGUUGACGCGGCUUGCACUAAUUUGUGGCUGGGGUACUAUGUUUGCCUAGGAGAGGACUCUACCCUGGUCGUGUGUUCUGGUAUUCUCAAUCGACGGCUGCCUAUAUCCGCCCGAGGCCGACUGCCGGUUCGGGGCGGAUUUGCGGCGGAUCAGCGGGAUCCCGCGGCGGGCCCAGCGAAGGGGGACGCAAUCCGCCCCGCCGAAUCCAUCCGUUCAUCGGAUGGCUCCCGGGAGCCCUACGGCCCGACCGUCCAUUGGAUGGCUUUUAGGAAGGAGUGA